UAUUUCUCCCUCUUUCUCAAAAGAGAAUAUUUCUCCCUCUCACAACAGUCAACACAAUCUUAAAUAGAGUAAGUAAGAGAGCCAAGAGAUUGGCCUAGGUUAUGGGGGCAGCGUUACGUCGACAACUGUAAGAAUUAUAUAUUUAUCCACAACUGAGAGAGAAGUAUAUACAUUAUAAAAGAAAAGGCGAGGAAAGGAAAGUGAUCAUAUCAUAAAGGACUGAUGAUGAGAAACGUAGGAAGUUCGAGCUCCGGCAGCAAAGGCAUAGCGGCGGUGGUCGGCGUAGGUCCAAAACGCCGUUCAGUCGCUCAAAAGUUCGCACAUGAAGGCUACACCGUCGCCAUUCUCGCCCGCGAUCUAGGCAGGUUAUCUCGAGUGGCUGAAGAGAUAGCGAGAGAAGAGAAAGCGCAAGUGUUUGCUAUAAGAAUUGAUUGUGCGGAUCCAAGAAGCGUAAGAGAAGCCUUUGAAGGAGUGUUGUCCUUAGGGUUUGUUGAGGUUUUAGUGUACAAUGCUUAUCACUCUUCUUCUUCUUACACAAGUCACCAUCCCACUUCAUUCACCCACAUUCCUUUCCAAUCUUUUCAUACUUCUAUUUCUGUCUCCGUCUUCGCUGCAUUCUUGUGCGCCCAACAGGUUAUUCCCGGGAUGAUGGAUAAAGGGAAAGGAACUAUACUCUUCACGGGUUGCUCGGCGUCAUUGAAUGGCGUUGCUGGUUUCUCCGAGCUAUGCUGUGGGAAAUUUGCGUUGAGGGCACUUUCUCAAUGCUUAGCAAGAGAAUAUCAACCUUUUGGAAUACAUGUGGCUCAUGUUAUCAUCGAUGGUGUGGUUGGACCUCCAAGAGAAACAAACAUCCCACUGAGAGGAGUGGUUGCAGAACAAUCAUACAACGUUAGAGGCGAAGAUGGAGAAGGAGAAGGCGAAAGCUCGGGAGUGAUGGGAAUGGAUCCUGAUGUAUUGGCUCAAACAUAUUGGAGCCUUCAUGUUCAAGAUCGGAGAGCUUGGACUCAAGAACUCGAUAUCCGACCAUCAAACACAAGGUUCUAGUAGUUAAACAUGAUUUGAUUCGAUUAAAAUAUAUAUAUAUAUAUAUGACUUGAUUCUUCUGCUUUCUGAUUUUUUUUUAUUAAAUGUUAUUUUGGUCUUAUGGUAUGGUAAGUAUGUGUGAUCAUUUGAUAUGUUUGUUCUUGCAUUUGGAAUGUAAAAUACUAAAAUAUGUUAUAAAAGGGUUGGUUUGCGAUUGGUGUGAAUGA